AAAAAAAAAGAGGCAAGAGUCGCUCUCCCAAAUCAAACCCCAGUCUCCCCGGUGCGCCGCCUGCGCCUACCACCGCGUCAUCGGACCGCCGGCUGCCGCCUCACCUCUUCCCCGAAGGGCCGCCCGCAUUUGCCUCACCGACGCAAGACUGGGUGCGGGAGAUCGCUCGAGUCAACAGCGUGGCCGGCCAUGGACAUGGAGGCAAUUUCGGCAAGCAGCAAUCGUCUUAUUGAGUUGGCCGGGGGCACCCACCCACAUCCUGAUGCUAUGGUACGCCUCCGGCAGGUGCUGAGCACUGCUGCGGCACGUUGCAUCUCCAACCCCCCCAUCUACGCCUAUUGUCUCAAACAGAUGUUGGCCAACUUCCUUCGUGAUUUCGGCAAUGACAUCAGUGAGCUGGACAACCUCACUGCUCGCCUCCAGGCCACGCGCAGCCCUAAAGGCCGCCGCCACUCUGUCUCCCCUACUGCCCGGCUCGCCGGCCUUCAUGGAAAUGAUCUAUUCCGUGCACUGAUGACCCUGCACCUGCCUGUCACCGCGCCUGCAGAGCUCUGCCUUGAGGCCGCUCUCGCCGCGCAGAGGCUCAUCACGCAUGACCACCUCGACAUUUUCAUCCACCUCUGUGAGGACGUUACGGCGGCCGAUGAGUUUAACUCCAAGGUCUUCCUGGACCACAUAAAAACCUUGGAGAAGUUUGUGCAAGAGCACAUUGACCUCGCCUACGCCGCUGCCACUUCACGUGCAACCACUCGCGAAACGAAGUAAAAGCUUGAUUGCCAUAGUAAUGAAGCUAGCUAGCUGAAAGUAAGGCGAAGGGGGCAGGAGGGUCAUUGAUUGCCAUAGUAAGGAAGAUGGCUUCCUCGAGUAGUUUGCUGCAUCUCGUUAUCGAGCCAAGAACAAAAACAACUGCUUAUGUAUUAUGCUACUUGUCAGCGAUCAAGUGUGCCUUAAGUAGUAGUAGUAGUUCUAUCAAAUUGCUUGUUGUGCGCUUGGCCUGCUAUAAUUAAUUUUGUGCAAUGGAGUUUGUUUGGCACCAAGUUCUGUUAUUAAUAGUCUAUAUGUUCCUUU